UAUGCCGGAAGCUUCUAUCACGUUAGGCAAUCCAUUUUUUAUCUGUUCGCUGUGAGCUACUCUUUCUCUCCUCAUAACACUCAGUGUUUCUCAUAGUGUUGUACAGAGCGGUUACCAUGUUCCCCAGGGUGAUUUUAAAGGGAACCAUGAUCAAAAAAUCUCAACAAAAGAAAAGAACGUCACCAUGUAACUACAAGGAGAGAUUUUUUGUAUUGGACACACAAGACCUGAGGUACUCUGAGCGUCGCCCGGGGAAAAAGCCUAUGAUGAAAGGUUGCAUCGAGCUCUCCAGAAUUAAGUGUGUGGAGGUCGUGUGUAGUGAUGUUCCCAUACCAUGCAAUUAUAAGUACCCUUUUCAGAUUUUUCAUGGCAACCAUUACCUCUAUAUUUUCGCCCCAGACAAUGAUUGUCGCCAGAAAUGGGUCAGAGCUCUUAAAGAGGAGACCAAGCACAACGAUUUUGUGACAAAAUACCACCCAGACUUCUGGAUGUAUGGAAAAUGGAGAUGCUGCCAACAAACAGAGAAACUGGCGGCAGGCUGUCAUGUAUAUGAUCCAGUGGGUUACGCUUCGAAGAAGCCACAGCCUCCACUCCCGGAUCCUGAGAUGGAACUUCAUGAUGCAGGGCAGAGGAUGGUCAUCGCUCUGCAAGACUACACACCCCAUGGAGAUGAGGACUUGCCUCUUCAGAAAGAUCAGGAGUACGUCCUGAUGGAAAGCAAACACCCUGACUGGUGGACUGUGCAGGAUACGCAGGGGAACACAGGCUUUGUGCCCAGUAUUUACUUAGCUGAAAAAUUUGGCAACAACUUUGAGAGAUUUGUAUGGUACAACAAGAACAUAACCCGAGGGGAAGCGGAGAGUCUGUUAAUGAAAGAGGGAAGAGAAGGUGCGUUCACGGUGCGUGACUCAAGGCAGGCGGGUGUCUACACAGUGUCAGUCUUCACCAAAGCACCGGGGUCGAACGGGGAAAAGAAUCCAAGAGUGAAACAUUACCAGAUCAGGCAGACAGAAACGGGCGAGAGCGCGUUCUACUUGGCAGAGAAGUACCUGUUCGGCACCAUUCCUGAGCUCAUCCUUUACCACCAACACAACGCUGCCGGCCUGAUAACGCGUCUGAGACACCCUGUCUGUCAAGACGGAGGCUGCUCCCAGGACACUGCUGAUCCAAAAGAAGAUCAGUGGGAAGUGGACCCCGAGGAGCUGACCCUGGGUCAGGAGCUGGGCAGUGGUCAGUUUGGGCUGGUGUUGGACGGGACAUGGAGGGAGAGGAAGGUUGCGGUGAAGAUGAUAAGAGAGGGGUGCAUGUCAGACGAGGAUUUCAAAGAGGAGGCGAGAGUCAUGAUGAGAUUGUCCCACGGUAGGCUGGUUCAGCUCUACGGCGUGUGCACCCAGCAGUCUCCCAUGUGUCUUGUGUUCGAGUUCAUGGAAAACGGCUCUCUGUCAGACUACCUGAGGGACAGGAGAGGGCGUUUGUCCCCGGAGCUGAUGCUGGUGAUGUGUCUGGAUGUCAGUGAGGGGAUGGCGUACCUGGAGAGUUCCUUCUUCAUCCACAGAGAUCUGGCUGCCAGGAACUGUCUUGUUUCAAAGAACAAUGAGGUGAAGGUGUCUGAUUUUGGGAUGACCAGAUUUGUUCUUGAUGAUCAGUACACGAGCUCCCAGUGCUCCAAGUUCCCCGUCAAGUGGUCGGCCCCGGAGGUCAUCAAGUACUGCAAGUUCAGCAGCAAGUCUGACGUGUGGGCCUUCGGUGUGCUCAUGUGGGAGGUGUACAACGAGGGCCGCCUUCCCUACGAGAACCGCACCAACGCUGAGGUGGUGGAGUCCCUGAACGCAGGCCUGAGGCUCCUGAAGCCCCGCCUGGCCCCAGAUGAUGUCUACCUGCUGAUGGAGUGGUGCUGGAAGGAGAAACCAGACGAUCGUCCGUCCUUCGCUCACCUCCUACACCAGCUGGCCUCCCUCUCAAACCUGUGAACCGGGAUCUGAGCGCAGGACGAGGAUUUCAAAAGACGUAUCUUUAUUUAUUUAAUUUAUGGAUUCAAUUACCUUUUCGCCUGUCAAAUGUUUUUUGAAACAUGUGCAAGGUUGUUUCAUCUGACUAUCACCAUGCAGAUGGUUACAAUGAGAUAAUAUGAAACCCUGGACAUUGCACUUUAUCUGUUUCAUAGUUGUGUAUAAUCCCUGAGAAGGCUCGUACAGUCCAAGCACACAGCUACAGCUGCUUCCUGCAGAUUAAUGGAACUAGUCUAAAAAAGCUCUAUUAAAUUAAUAUAAGAUGGUUAUGUUGUUUGACUGAUUGCUGAUUAAAGUAAACCCUUGUCACUUAA